AUGCGUUUCUCCAUCGCUGCCGCUUCCGCCGCCCUCCUCGCUCUCGCUGAGGCUCGCAUCAACGGUAUCAAGGUCCCCAAGGAGAUCAAGCGCGGUGAGGAGUUCGAAGCCAUCAUCACCCGUGAGGGCUACAUCCAGAGCGUCCUCGACUCUUCUAUCGUCUUCGGCUACGCUGCUGGUGACAGCUACCCUGGCGCCGUCGGCACACCCUUUGCCUCUAUUCCUCUCGGAUUCGAAAAGUCCAACAAGGCCGAGGACCUCACUGUCAAGCUUACCAUCCCCGACAAGAACACUGUCAUCCAGGAUGGCGAGGGCAUCCUUGCCGCCUCUCUCUUCAGCAUCUACGGUUCUUCUGGAAGCCCUACCAUCACCAACUACAACGUUACCGUCACUCUGGGCGACAAGACUAGCAGCGAGUACGUCGAGGCCUGA